CAACAGAUGCAGGAAGGACAUGAUGUGAAGGAUUAUGUACAAAAACUGGUGCAGAUUGCAAACAAGUAAGAAUUUCGGGAUUCAACAUAAGUGAUGAAAGGUUGGUCCAGAAGAUCUUAGUGUCAGUACUUGAGAAGUUUGAGGCAACAACCGCCUCCCUUGAAAACACUCGGGAACCCUCAGACCUCAAUUCUCCGUAACGGCCAUAUUCAUACUGUGAAGACUCUCUCUCUCUGUCUCUGUUCAAAUUCUUCUGUUUCCGGCAUUAAUUGAGAUCUCGAAGAAGUACGCAGACAGAGUGCCCGGUUGCAGAAAAUGAGAGGGGGCCUAGUUGGGGAAGAUGUGUUCGUCUGCACGGAGGAGACCCAUCUGACCGUCCUCAAGACAUCCCUCUUCUUCGCCGGCGACGGCUUCACCGCCUAUGACUGCAAGGGCCAGUUCGUCUUCCGGGUCGACUCCUACAGCCCCGAUGCCCACGACGAAGGCGAGCUCGUCCUCAUGGACGCCCACGGCCGCUGCCUCCUCACCGUCCGCCGCAAGAGACCGAGCUUGCAUCAGCGAUGGGAGGGGUUCAAAGGGGAGAGGGCGGACGGCCAGAAGCCCAUCUUCAGCGUCCGGCGAUCGUCGAUCAUCGGCCGGUCGGAUGUCACGGUGGAGGUUUACGGCAGCCCCGGGGAGGAGUACCUCGUGGAGGGCUCCUUCGUCCAGCGUUGCUGCACCGUCUUUAACGCCAACAGGGAGUCGGUGGCUGAGAUCCGACGUAAGGUGGACGCAUCCACCCAAGUGACCCUUGGCAAGGACGUCUUCUCCCUCUGCCUAAAGCCCGGCUCUGACAGCGCCUUCGCCAUGGGCCUCGUCCUGGUCCUCGAUCAGAUCACCAGCGACGAGGACGUCAAAGACGCUGUCCAAGACGGGGCUGAGGUGCACCCGGCCCCGGACGAUCAGCUGCCGUAGGAUUCGGGGGUUGGAUUGGACGUUUGGAUUUUCGGAGAUGUCUAUUCCAUUGGGGGACCUCUUUGGUCUCUGUCUUCGUUCCAUGAGAUAUUUUCAAUAAUAUUUCUAAUUAGAGAGAAUUUCCCCCCGAUAUUUUCUAAAAUUGGAGAUGUAGAAUAUUAUUAUAUGGGAAAUGUUAGUCCGAAUGUUGACUUGCUGAGGUGAGGUGAGCUUCAAGUUGUAACUCAUAGAUUGCGAAUGUUAUUGACCCGAGGAAGAAAAUCUUAAAUCGUCGUUAACAAUUUCCCGA